AUGUCGGAGUGGCCCGAGCGGGAUAUCGACAAGAUUGCCAAGGGGUGGUCCAUCGCUAUGCGCUGCUCCAAGGAGCGUCUCAAGCGGGUUUACGGUCUCGAGACGCAGCAGUUGGAUGAUGCUGUCAACCAAGGCCGUGUUGUCCUCGAGACAGUCUGCGUCUUCAUGCACGCCUGUGUCAAGCGUGGACAAUACAAGCUUCCCCUUGAGUUCUGGCGGAUUCUCCAUUCUGAGUACGGAAUCAUUGUCUACCCCUCCGCCUUCUCAGAAGAUAUCGAGAUCCAAGGGUUGGGCAUGGACGUCACAUUCACAGAGGCUUACCAUGGCCACAUCGUGAUGUUUGGCAGUUGCUGCAGCAGCCAUAGCCCCCCUCCUUGCCCCUUCGAGAUCCUCACCGAGCCGCCUCCGGUCUACCAGAAAGAAACCCCCAAGGUGGAGGCGCCCAAGCUCGACGCACCCAAGGUGGCAUAG